CUGGUUGGCUGAAGUGGUCUGAUUUCCAUUAUGACUUAAGGUUCUCUCUCUAACGCAGUGGGUUUCAACCUAUGAUCUCUGCAGAACUGGAGAACGAGGCAGCAUCUUCAGAGCUGAGCUGUUCCAGGCAUGGUGCGGGGGAGGGCACAGCGGACUCUGCAUUCGGACCAUGGAGAGGGCAGCUGAUGGUCUGUCAAUCUAGUGUUGGUGAAUCAUAUCAGACCAGUUCAUCCAGUAUUGUUCCAUGGGUCUGAAUAUCAUCUGGCUGAUGCCAUGUGUGGCCAUCGUGUGUUUGGUGCUUGCCUCCCUCCAUGGCUUCGGCAGCCAACGACCUCCUUCGGUGAAAGCUGGGCCUGAUGCGUUGUCUAAGCAGGAGAGUUUGGGCACAGUGCUGCCUGCAGACGAGGUGGUUGGAAACCUCGCGUUUCAAUUCCAGUCUGGUGCACGCAUCUCUAGCACAUCCCACCGGCCACAGCUUGGGAGAGGCAUUGGGCCGGGUCCCCAGCUGGUGCAAAUCAGCAUGACUGCACAGAGGUCGAUGGAGAUGCUGAUCAUUCACAUGAAACACCCAGCUCUCAGAGACGGCAGCUCCCAAGCACAACCAGGAACGGGGGUUCAGGGCCUGGCCGCAGGCGUCCCAGCCACCUCUUCCCCACCCCCCCGAAAGAUAUUGGAUGUCCUCGUUCUGUGCCUCAGAACAGCAAGUCAGCAUCUGCCUCUGCUAUCAGGAUCAGCACAGAGACAUACAGAGAGCAGUGAAGACAUGGAGGUGCCCAGCAAAAAACCCUCUCUCCCUUUAUUGCUGGUGACACUGAUCAGCCUCUCUCCAGAUAUCCUGAUUGCCCAAGCACCUACUCCCCUCCGCCAGGUGAAUGGAACUCUGGGAAGAUCGGUCGUGCUGUCUGUGAAUCUAUCGCCCGGGAAAAAGGUGAAAGAAAUUGAAUGGACCUUUCGUGGGUCAGGUGUGACGAUUCAGCUGGCUGAGUUCACUGGGGGGAAGUUUGAGCGACCCGAUACCAGCGGCAGAUUUAAGCAAAGGCUAGAAAAGUACAACGAGACCUCGCUGAGGAUCAAGGUUCUGGAGCUGGGCGAUAGUGGAGUUUAUGAGGCCCGGAUUAAGAUAGUACCAGCAACUGUGGAGGAACAGACCUUUCUCCUUGCGGUCUAUGAGCCAGUGCCACAGCCCCAGAUCUGGAGUCAGCUGCUCGCCAGCACGCUGGAUGGGUGCAACGUCACACUGCAGUGCCAGGGCUCAGGGAAGGGAAAUGUGAGCAUCUCCUGGGGGAGAGGGAACCCAGUCCAAGAGCUGGAUCCAGGUCGUCACCAGCUCUCCCCUGAUGGCAGGAAGCUCCAGCUGUCUCUGCAGCCCAGCUCCCUGAAUGCCACCUAUACCUGCACGGUCAGCAACCCCGUGGAUCAGAAGAUCGUCUCCUUUGACCUGCAGAGCAUCUGCCGCAGUGGAGAUGCAGACGCAUCCUUCUCGAAGCCGGGGUACAUUGUGCUGACUUUCUUCCUGUUAGUGCUAAGCCUUGGGACUGCCGUCUGGUGUUGGCGGAUGAACAAUGAGAAGUCAGCUGACCCAGCUGCUACCCCCACGGGCCCAGUGGAACAAAGUCCGUCCGACUCGCAGUAUGCUGAGAUCUUGAGGAGUCCCCCAGAAGGAAAUGACCAGGCCUUGCGUCACCUGGAAAAUAACACAGAGCGGAGCCCACAGAAAGAGCCUCUAAUCACCACCAUUUACGACAAGCUCCAAAGGACCCCCAAGAAUACAUCCGAGGAGGUCACAUAGGCCCCCAGAAACCAGAAGAGGUAGCAUAUCAGAGCUUACCAAGGGCUUUGAAGUGCACCAUGUGCCCCACUCAAACUCUGUAGCUGAACGGUCUCAGUUCCACCCACGAACCCGAAUGGAAGAAGACACCUUCUCCAGCUCUGGAGCCUGCCUCGUGAUGCCUCCCCACCCCACCACCCCCCGUUGUUUCGGAACCUCAUCUGUGACGCCCUCAGCAACUGUUUUGGGAAGAAGGAACCAGAGUGAAGGCGGAGGAGGGAACAGGACAUGCAGCUUCAGCGCUGGCGCCUGCGAAAGCAAAGGGCCGUGCGGGCUAAGGCGACAUCUGCCCAUUCGCCACGUGCAGAGGGAGAGGUGGAGAGCACAGCACGGCCGCCCCCCACCCCCCAGUGAGAGGACGUUAGCCAACUGGAUGGAGCCCAUCUUUCCAUGGUUGGUGCACUGUCCUCCAGCGGGAGCAGCGUCCCGUCAGCAACUGCGGAGCAGCAGGGUGGUGAGAGGCAACGCACCCUGGUGCAGAAUGGCCCGUGCUAAGAAGGAAACCACUCCCAUCUGAGCCUGGCCUGCUGGCUGCAUGACUGUGAAGAAGCAACAUCAGAAAAUGGGCUCCCUGGGGAUGGAGGCACCAUUCUGGCUGCGUGAUGUGGCAGGGCCGUGGGCUGGGAGGGACUUGGAUGCACCAUGUAUUUAUUUAUCUAUUCCAUUUGAUAAUGCAGCCCUGCGGGGUCGAUGUACAUGUGACUGAGGUUUUGGAUCCAGGGGCCUGUUCUCUUUGUGCUCAUUGGAGGAAGGAAGGUUUUCUGAAGUAGAAAUAGGAAUAGAUGGUGCUGUGGCUUGUGGUGGGAGGGAGAACUAUAGGCGGUGGAGAGGAAGAUAGGAGUGUGUCUGAAUUACAGUGGGUUGACUGACUGAGGGUACUGGGGAUUCACUGAUCGGUAGAAAUUGUCUGAGUAAACGGCAGUCAGAUUGUGGUUUGCCGCAAAACAGUCUGGAUCCCAUGGGAGAAAUAAAAGUAAAAUCCCCCUGUGUGCUGACUGCCGCAAAGCGGAAAGGCGCAGGGGCAAAGCUACAUGUGGCUGGCAGAAAAGCAGCACAGAAUAUCAUGCUCGCAGCAGGCUCUUCCCAGGGCUAAUCUGGCUGAGCCCCGGGUGGAGGUGUUGAGGAAGAUCCAGGGAGCUGAGUGUGACUUGGCAGAAGCGAGAUUAAUGAGGGACAAACUGACCAGGUUAAAGAGUUGGGGCUAGAUUCUACCCCCGGGAUCGCUAGAAUUGCAAGGAGCAAAGUGCCACUGAAAGUGGACGAGGGCAGUAGAACCUGGCCGUGGGGCAGGCCCUGAAGCUCGGCCUGAGGGGUACAUGCUGCAGGGCGGAGCUGAGCCUCACCAGGUGCAACCUCAAGGAGGACUCAAGAGACAGGAGUCUGGUUCCAUCCUUACCUGCCCUCCAGAGCAGUAAGUUACUGCAGUCCCUGAAAGGGAGUGUGUCCCCUCUUGCUUAUGGGGUAACGUCUAGGGAGGGGCCACCCCAGAUCUGGAAAGUCUUACACUCUUCCCCUUUCGCCCCGGCUUGGCCAAGGAAGAGAGGACACAGUCUAGCAGCAGGGAAUUACCGGGAAGGACAAUGAGUGUGUCUCCGAUUGGGUGGUAGUUCCCUGUAGAGGGGAAGGGCAGAGGUGCGGGUAUUAAUGAGAGUAGCUAACCCCAAGGUGUUCUGUUACUGAGAGCCUGGCCUUGCUGUUACUAAUUGUGAUGAGACAUCUGUGCCGAGUGCCACCCCCCUGCUGUUUACAGCACUCACACCAUGGAAACCAUCUCCCAGAGCUGCUAAGCAACCCUCAGACAUGAAAGGACCCGGAAGACCAGCACAAAAUGGUCCUGUGUUCCGGGAAAGUUCCCCUUUGAGUUCAGAGAAGCUCUUCAGAGGGGAAAUCAUCAAAAGCCCCAAAAUCUUUCAGGGAACUGUGGGGAGGAAAAGAAAAUUUGCUGCUGGAUUUGGUUGGGCAGCUGUGAUCAGGAUUGUUCCGCUCUGUAGCGACACAUGCAAGAUGGGGAGAGGCAUUGGGCAGCACGCGGUGGUCCUGGACCCACCUCCCACACACUAACUGGGAAGGCAGCGGGGGUCUAGUGCUCGGAGUAACACCACGCUUCCUUUCUCCUGUCUGUCUUGUCUACUCACACGGGAAUUCGCAGGGGACUGACUGUCUCUGUGUCUAGCAGAGCCUGGGCCCUCAUCUCAGUGGGCGACUCCAGCCUCCUUGUAAUAUAACUGAAUGGAGCAGGGGCCUUUCCCAGGAAACCCGACAAUGGUUUGUGUGUGUGGAGAAGUAGGCCCCUCCACUGAAGUUUUUCCAAGCCUGUUUUUGCCCUGGCUUCAGUCCCCGGUUAGAUUAGUCUGUCCAGUAAAGCAUUGGAUGAUUUAUGCUCUGUUCAUGCAAAUACAAGGAAACGUAUGCACAUUUACAACCAGCCGCUACGGGUUUUUUCUGUUGGCGGGAGCGGGCGAUGGGCCUUUGCAUGAUUGCUGGGACUUCAGUAGGAUUUGGAGCUCUUUGGGCCUGUUCUCUGGAAGCAGCGAGCACCCACACCUGCCGUGGGUGGCGACAGAUGCUGCUUUCACCCCCUUGGCCAGAGAGCAGUGGAGUGUUCAGAUCAGGGAGCUGAUCAGUGAGUCUCUCUUCACCCUGUUAUUUCCUGUGAUGUGCGAACCAAAAUGCUCCGAUUCCUGCGCUGAGAAAAGAUAAUUUGGUCUCUCUUGCUUCCCUCUUUGUGCAUCCUGUGCCAACUACAGGAACCUUGGUCCUUACCUGCUUUGGCAGGGGAAGUGGGGCGGGAAGAAGCAGCAAUGCCCAGACACCCCAGUUACGGUCACAGCCAGCGCUGUGCUAGCUUCAGAGUAGUAGCCACUCGACUCCAUUCCCAUUCACCGAUGGGUGAUGUGGGGGGAGUGGGCUCUCUGGAGGUUACCUCCUGUAUUCGGUGACCUGCCUCAUUACACACAAGCCCAGCAUGGCAGGGCAGAGUCUCCCCACAAUGAUUUCCUUCUUUCAGAUCCCAGCCCCAGUUGCCCCUGCUCCUGACCAUUCCCGCCCCCUCACUCCUCUGUGCUACGCUAGCCCUGCCUAUGC